AUGGAUUUAAAUAAUAAUUUGUUAGAUAUUAAAUCACCUGAGUCCGAAAAGGCUCCAGAAGAUAGCACUGCACAAGCGCCAUUGUCUCAUCAGUCAUCUACUGUUACUUUAGACCUAUCACGUUCAAAUUCACACGUUUCCAACGAAGUUAAAGUUAAUAACGAGUUUUUACAUAAUUCUAUUAAACCCGAAUCUGCUCUUAACCCGUAUGAACUCUGGGUAAAGAACAACAAUGAACGGUUGGAGAAACUUAAGGUGAAGGAGGCUCAGGAUGUGGAAAACAGGAUUAAAACAGCAGCGCAGGAGCUGGAGAACUGGCACAAUGAUCGCAAAAAACAAAUAGAAGAAAAGUUAAAAAAACUUCUGGAGGAGGAAGAAUCGAACAAGCCUUCGGAAAAAAACGUGUUUGACUGGGUGAAAACGUGCAAGUACCUGCAAACGAGCGAGUUCUUUAUAAAGGACCAGUCAGGAGGACAGAACCAGAAGCUCAUAGAGCUCAUAUUGAAGAAGAGGAAGUUGCUGGAAAAGGAGAACGCACAGAAAGAGCAGCCAGUAAAUAACCUGAUUUAA